AUGAUCCAACAGACAUUAUCAUCAUCAUCAUCAUCAACAAUAACAACAACGAAAACGACAACGACAACGACGACGACCACAGUGGUACCAAUGUUGUCAUUAACAUCUUCUUCAUCUUCAUCAUCAUCUAUUUCAAUGCAACAGCAGCCGCAUCCAUUGCAGACUUCAUCAUUACAAACAACAGCUACUACAUUAUCAUCACAGCAUCAUCUUCAUUUAUUAGUUGCCAGCUCACAACAGCAACAACAACAUCAGCGACAAAAUUAUGUCCAUCUGCCUACAACACAUAAUCUAUUAAGAAUUAAAUUAGAUCAAUAUAAAACGCAACAACAACAACGACAGCAACAGCAUCAACAAAAUUUAUCCAUGUCUUCCACCAUUCAUGUGGUUGGUGGUCAUCAUCAAAAUCUGACUAUAACGCCAACCACAUCUCCAUCAUCGUCAUCAUCAUCAUCAUCAUCAAUAACAAAUUCCAUAAAAUUGAAUGUUGUCAAAGAAGAAGAAGAUGACGAAGAUGUAGAAGAAAAAAUGCUAAAAGAUAAUAAUAAUCGGAAAGAUGGUGGUCAAUCAAAUUCAAGAAUUUCAAAUGGUCAAAUGAAAUCAACAACAUCGUCAUUGUCAUCAUUAUCAUCCGGUGGUGCUAAUUUCAUCAAUAAUAAUAUCAAAGAAUAUAUCAGGUUUGUUUAUGCCCUAUUGCUUGAAUUUCAAUAUAGAUGAUUAAGGUCAUCAGUUGUUAGGUUAGGUUUUGUGUAUUUUUCUUGUAAUUUUUUUUUGCCGGUUGGAUACCACUGUGUUUUGUAUAUUAUAGAUAUUUAAUUUACGAGUACCCGGGUAACUUGAGCAAGUUGUUUGGAUCAACACUUUGAUUGUUUUUUUUUUUUUUUGCUGAUGAUGUUUCAUCUCUAAAUAUAAUUUGCAAUUAUAAAUAAU